AUGUCUGCUGUCGAUUACCUUCUCCAAGAGACCUCGGUAGGCUAUGGCCUUUACCAGGUCGUUUUGCAGCCUGAGACUAUUGGUAGUCGCCUUAAAGAGGUGCAAGAAGCUGCUACUGAGUUGUCCAAAUUCGGGAAGAUGGUCAAACUUGUCUCUUUUGCGCCUUUCCAAGGUGCUGCGCAGGCACUCGAGAACGCAAACGACAUCUCGGAGGGUAUCGCGAGCGACCACCUUAAAGCUCUCCUUGAGGUCAAUCUCCCCAAGGGUGGGAAGAAGAAGAAGGUGGUUCUUGGUAUCACCGAUAAGAACUUGGCCGGUUCAAUUAAGGCUGCUUUCCCCGGUGUUGAUUGCGAGACAAAUGAGGUUGUCCAAGACUUGCUCCGUGGGCUGAGGCUUCAUGGACCUAAGCUUCUCAAGCAGCUGCACGAGGGCGAUAUGGACCGCGCUCAGCUAGGUUUGGGUCACGCAUAUUCCAGGGCCAAAGUAAAGUUCUCGGUCCAGAAGAACGACAACCACAUUAUUCAGUCAAUCGCGUUGUUGGAUACCCUGGAUAAGGAUAUCAACACUUUUGCCAUGAGAGUUAGGGAAUGGUACUCCUGGCAUUUCCCGGAAAUGAUCAAGAUUGUUUCUGAUAACCACCAAUAUGCCCGCCUUAUUCUUUUCGUCCGGGACAAGAAGACACUGUCUGACGACCGUCUCCAUGAACUGGCUGCCCUCGUUGACGACGACGCGGAGAUUGCCCAGGCAGUUAUUGACGCUGCUAAGGUCUCCAUGGGCCAGGACAUCUCCGACGCCGACAUGACCAACAUCUGCUCAUUCGCCGAGAAGGUUGUUUCGCUCGCUGACUACAGAAAAACUUUGCACGGAUACCUGGUGGACAAGAUGGCGAUCGUUGCCCCUAAUUUGGCGCAGCUUAUCGGGGAGAUCGUUGGUGCUAGAUUGAUCUCACAUGCUGGAAGUUUGACCAACCUUUCCAAGUACCCUGCGUCUACAGUGCAGAUUCUUGGUGCCGAGAAGGCUUUGUUCAGAGCUUUAAAAACUAAGGGCAACACCCCUAAAUACGGUCUCAUCUACCAUUCUUCCUUCAUCGGUAGGGCUGGCGCCAAGAACAAGGGAAGAAUUUCCCGAUUUUUGGCCAACAAGUGUUCCAUUGCCUCCAGAAUCGACAGUUUCUCGGAUGUCCCUACAACGAAGUUCGGUGAGGCUCUGAGGAAACAGGUUGAGGAGCGCCUUGAUUUCUAUGCCAACGGUUCCGCCCCUACCAAGAACCAGGAUGCCAUGAGAGCUGCAAUGGAUGCUGUUUUGGCAGAAAUUGAUGUUGACGCUGAUGACGAUGAUGACGAAGAAGAGGUGGACAAAGAAAUGGAGGACAUUGUCAAGCCAAAGAAGUCCAAGAAGGACAAGAAGGAGAAGAAGGACAAGAAAGAGAAGAAGGUGAAAAACGAAGCCAAGGAGGAAAAAGAAGACAAGUCAAGCAAAAAGAGGCGGAGAGAGGAUGACGCGGAAGUCGAGGAGGUAAAGGAGAAGAAGAAGUCCAAGAAGGAGAAGGAGGAGAAAAAGAAGAGCAAAGCUUGA